AUGUUUGCAGACCAUGUUUUGAAACUUCUGUCAGGGAAGCAAAAAGGUUCUUCUCUAGCCAAGCCCCAACCAGAAGCCCCACCAGAACGAGUUGGUGACAAAAAAUAUUUCCUGGAUGCUUCCAAUCAAAACCUCACCUUUAUCCCAUCUAGCAUCUUGAAACUUUGGGAGCUUGAAGAAUUACACUUAGAAAACAAUGUGCUUGAGGGCAUCUCCAGAGAAAUCCACAAUCUCACCAACCUGAAGAUUCUCUAUCUGAACAACAACGACAUGAAACUUAUUUGCAGAGACCUCGGAGAAUUGUCAAAUCUUCAAAGUCUGGACUUCAGCAACAAUCCCCUGGUUCCCACCACUUUGCCCAUCAUUGCCCAACUGCGGGCCCUUCGGUACCUCCGACUUUAUAAAAUCCAACUGGAGAAAUUCCCCAUUCAGAUCUGUAAAUGUCUGCAUCAUCUGGAGCUGCUGGGCCUGUCUCACAACAAGCUGAAGGAUCUGCCCAAAGAAAUUGUAAACCAGACCAAACUGAAAGAGAUCUACCUGCAGGAUAACCAAUUUGAAGCCUUCCCCCAGGAGUUGUGCGCCCUUUACAACUUGGAGAUCAUAGACCUGGAGCAGAACCGAAUCCCCGUCAUUCCGGACGAGAUCAGCAGCCUGACAAAAUUGGAGAAAUUUUUCAUUGGCUCUAAUGUCGUAACGGUCCUCCCUGAUUCUCUGGGGAGCUGUAACAAGCUCAUAGUCCUGGAUGUUUCCAAUAACUACCUGCACAAUCUGCCCUCCACCCUCAAAGAACUGACGGAAAUAAAGGAGCUGGGCCUUUCUGGGAACUGCAUGGAGAAGGUGCCCAGGCUCAUCUGCAAGUGGACGAUGCUUCAUCUCCUGUACAUGAAGAACACCUGUCUGAAAACCCUUCGCCGCUCCUUCAGAAGGCUGCUGAAUGUUACCAUCUUAGAUAUGAGUCAGAAUUUCUUUGAUUUUUUCCCUUCAGAGAUCUGUGCUUUGAAAAACCUGGAGCUUCUGUCCCUGGAUGACAAUCAUAUCUGCCAGGUCCCUCCAGAAGUGGUCAACCUUGUCAAACUAAAGGCACUUAGUCUAACUGGAAAUAAUUUCAUGAUAUUUCCAGAGGAAGUCUUGCUAAUUGAGUCAUUAGAACAAUUAUAUCUGGGACAAGACCAAGGAACUAAACUGACUGUUAUCUCAGAAAACAUCAUGAAGUUAACGAAUCUGAAAGAGCUGUAUUUAGAGAACAAUAGCCUGGAGAGUCUGCCUGAUUCAUUGGGUUCAAUCAAAACCUUAGAGAUUUUGGAUUGUCACAACAAUCAUCUUAAGGAGCUUCCAGACUCUAUAUGUCAAAUAUCAGGUUUGAAAACAUUGCUUCUGGAGAACAACCAGCUGACUGCCCUUCCAUUAAAAAUGGAUGAACUACAAAACCUCCAGGUUCUCAAUCUAGAAGGAAAUCCCAUGGAAGCCCCUCCACCAGAAGUGUUGCUUACAGGGAUUGAGGAAAUAUUUAAAUACUUAAAGGAAAGAAGAUUGAAGAUCACAAUGGCUACUAAGCUUCAGGCUUGGUACAGAGCAGUAAGGGUGAGGAAAGGACUUGGCUCAAAUGAAGAAAUAUAUAAGUUACUAAAGAAAGGAAAGACAUCACCAAAAGACAAGAAAGGAAAAAAAGGAGAAAAAGAAAAAGGAAAACCAGACAAGGGCAAAAAGAAGUAAUUCUUUUCUUUGAUGAACUUUUGAAAAAUGCUGAAUGGCCUGACCAUGGUUCAAAAGAAAGGAAGACAAGGCUGCCCAUCAUCCCGCCCUUAGAAACUGUGGUGAGCAUUAAAAGGCUCUCAUUCCAGCCAUAGUUAUGGUUACCUCCAAGAAG